AUGGUGGUGCUGUGCGCGUCGUGCGUCGCGUCGCGCGCGAACGGCGCGCUCGGUGCGACGUGGUUGCGCGCGUACGUGGACGAUUCUGGGCGAACAUCGGGCCCGCGCGUGCGCCGCAUCGAAACGGCCGCGAUCGGCGGCGAAGGGUGGUCCGACGCGUGGGAUCUCGAGUCAGGGAGCGCGGAGCACGUGCGACACGCGUACACUGGGGCGGAGAUGAAUCGGAUGUUCGCGAGGGUGCCCGCGGCGGCGCCGGUGGUGUACACGACGCCGCAGCGGUCGUGGAUCGACGUGGGCGUAUCGAACGAGUUCGAUCGUAAAGUGCUCGUCGAAGCGAGCGAUGAUGACGGUGAGAGUGAUGGGGUGGAUGAGAAGGAGAGGCACGACGGAGAUGAGGCGUUGCGUGAGAAGAAGAACAAGUAUUUUAUGUCCAGCGUAAGCGCGUCUUCGCUGCAGCACAUGUUGAACAAGUACGGAGGGACGGUAGAUAGCGCGUUUGAGACGAUCAAUCGACGGUUGGAGAUUGAUCCGAAUAAUCCAGUGCUGUGGGCGGACCUGGGGAACACGCACAGGAUCAUGGCGGAGAAUAAAGAGGCGGCGGAGUGCUUUGCCAAGGCGUUGCGAAUCAUGAAACAUCCCGAGCUGUAUCAGUUGCUUGGCACAUGCUUAGUAGUGACCGAGCGCACCGAAGAAGCGAUCGGGAUUUUCAAGCAAGGUAUGGAGACGUUUCCGGGCGAUCCAGCGUCGACGUUUAGUUUGGCUUUGGUGUAUCUGCAGCUCGAGCAGUGGCACGACGCCAUCGUCGUGCUCGAGGCGUUGACUCGCGUCAAUCCAACCUUCGCCGGCGGAUUGGCGAACGAACAUUUACUCAUCGCCAGAAGGCAACUGCAGCGCGAAUCGUCCGGGCGUAUAGAUGCGGGAGUGUUCGUCAUAUUCGUGGUCACCCUUGUCGCCCUCGCGUGGUUGCAGAUGUCGCGUCAUUUCCAACGAGUGAAAAAGGCGCACUCGCGCAAGCAAAAGCGGCGAUGA